AUGCUGCGACAACUUCCUUCUGGAAUCUGCAGAGCGAAGGUAUCGUUUGGAAAAGAUUCUCCAGCGUGCCGCUGGCAGGCCCUUUCUUCAAAGUCAAGAAGUAGCAGCCGCUGGUGUGCGGACUUCAGCGGCUUAAGGAAGCCGUCCGGUUCGUCACCACUUUGCUUGAGCAAAGAAGGAAUCCUUUGGGAAGAAAAUGGCAUGUCGUCCUUGCUUAUCCCGAUUUUGCUUGCAGAUGUCAUGUUUGCACCUGUGUACUCGAAACUGGCAUCGCCUUUCUCACGAGCACCAGAUGCCACGCACAUCAUUUUGAUUGCUCCCCGUGCUUCUGGCAGAGCCAAAUCAGUGGUCUGGCUGCUUUGUACGAGUGCCUACGGCGACUCUUCUUUGGAUCACCUCAUCAUGAGUCUUAGCAGGCGCGGGGCUGUUCGCUGGGAUUCUCGACAGUGCCUUCACCUCUCUGCCGAUUCUUUAGGCCGGGGAUCCCAAGGCACGAUUUUUCGCAGCUUGUCCCUUCUCCCUCUCUAUGAAGAGCACCGUAAGCUGAUCCCUUCGAAAGCGGACCUGCUGACUAUGAGCAACGUCCACAACUUCGGACGGGUGGCUGUGAAGAUUUGGGACCCCCUCGAUUCGGCGAUGGCUCGUCGAGAGGUGGGCUUCCUGCAGCAGUCGGCGGGUCAUCCAAACAUCUCAGCCUGUUUAGGCGUCUACGCAGAGGCGCGGAAGUUCGGCGUGACAUGGUUCCUUGCGAUGGAGCAUGGCACCGAAGGUGAUCUCUUCAACAAGAUCAAGGCAAAGUGCUUGCCGCUGGGACUCAUUCUGGAUAUUCAAGCCGGCUUGUCAUCAGCAUUGACCCACUUGCACUUCUUGCACAUCGUGCACCGUGAUGUUAAAGCAGAGAACGUGGUCAUGCAUAAGGAUCGCGCAGUGCUCAUUGACUUCGGCAUUGCUGCAUACCGACAUGACCAGGAAGCCAUGUGCCAAUCUACUGGAUCGCCAGGCUAUGCCGCGCCUGAGAUGGUAGCUGUUACCAUGCAGUACUAUGACGAGCUUGUGGAUGUGUUUGCUUUGGGAGUCAUGAGUUACUUCAUGAUGUUUCGAGCUCUGCCUUUCUUGGGCAACACUCACGCUGAGACACUGGAGAAGACCCGGGGCUGUGAGGCGGAGAUUCCCGAGUUGAAGGACGAGAGGUGGCGUGCAGUUGCGUCUCUGGUGCAGCGGAUGAUGUCCAGGGAGGCCAAGGAUCGUCCAACCGCCAGGGCGUGCUUCAAAGAGCUUCUGGACCUGGAACCUCUGGUGACGACGGGCGGUAAGUCUCGGGCGGUCCGGAUCGCGCAUGCUGCCCUGUCGCACUAUGGUCAUCUAGAUGCACCGGGAGAUUGCAGCAAGGAAGAGUUCUGCGGAAAAGAUGCACCGGACAUGUCCGAGGAAGCUUUGCCAAGCACCAGAGCUGCCGCAUCCACAGCCCCUUCGCUGGGCGGAGUUGGUCGUAUAUGGACUUCGGCGAAGAGGCGGAUCAGGUCUAUCCCUUUGCCGCCGCCGUCAAGGGCGAGGCAAAACAUGUUCCAAGCUCUUCGGAGCUUUCUUCGCUCGUCCGACACAUCAGUGUCAAAAGUGCCACAGGAGGCGGAGAAUGCAUCUGGAAACUUCGGGGGGGAUCGCCUGGUCUCUUCCGCGAUUAGAGUGCUGCCCAGGGGGGAUGCGGAAGCAGAUCCCGCGGAAGCGAUUGGAGCUCGUCAGAAAGCGGAAACGCUAGCCGGCACAGGAGCGACCGGCUGCAGCUGCAGAUCGAGAGUCAUGGUGGCUGACUCCCAGAAUGAUCAAGAGCGCGAGCACGAGCAUGCCCGUAUUGUUCUUGACUUUCCUCUUUCGGCAAGCGUAGUCAACGUCCCUUUGCAGGAGGACCUGGAUGACAUGCGCUCGGAUCAGGAAGAGGAUCACCCGUCCCUACUCGUAGCUACACCCCAGGGCCAGCACGGCGCAUCCUCAGAUCAUGCGCCAGCGGAAGGUGCAUCAGUGCAUCAGCCGCUCGCAGACCAUGCUGCUACAUCUCUGAGUGGCAAGUGCCCUGAGUUUUCGUCCGGUCAUCGGCAUUUUUUCGAUUGUACAAAAUCAUUUAAGGAGGAGUCGCAAAAGGUGCUAGAGGCACCCAGAGAAGCAGAUGCCUUCGAGUUUGCGCCUGUAGUUGGUGGCGACCUGGAGUGA